GAGGAGGGCCCCAACCUUUCACUCGAUGCCCUCACAAGCGCGGCUCAACAGCGCCACAAACCACGCCCGCACGUCCACGACGUCAAGCACAACUUCCCAAGCGUUACCUGCCUGAAACGGGCACUUGGAUACGCUAAGUCUGCGCACCUGUAGCUUUGGUACACUGUUGACCUACAGGUCCACGGACUGGGGGAUUAAGGGUUCUACUUUCGCCGUACCGCGGGCUCAGCAUUAUCUAAGACUGGCUUCUGUACUAUGUUAUAUAUGUUGUGUUUCUUCAAUAUCAUCAUCUUGAAAAUCAUUUCGCAAUAUAGGAUUUAACAAGACUGUCCAAAAGAAUAUAAGACAAAAAGAUUGCGACAUCAGAGAGCUCAUUUGUUUUCUUUUCCUUUCACCAGGUUUUUAGGCCCAACCAAUCAGAUCAGCGACCCUUCAUAACAAACCAAUCGGAUCAACAGUCCUUCAUGUCUAACCAAUCAGACAGCAGAUACGUUUGGGCGCCGAUCCCUCUUCAAAUCAGAUGGACUUGUGCCACGUUCUUGCUUCUGAUGGCAGUUGGGUCGUGCUGCGGCAAUGGGCUGGUCUUGUAUCUGGUGAAGACCCCUGUUGCAGUAAAUCGUAGAGCGCUACAGCGCACGCUAACAGCAUUCUUCAUCAGGAACCUGGCGCUGUCGAGUCUUGCCACAAGCCUCGUAUCCACUCCGCUCUUAGUCGCGGAGCUCUUGCGUGAUUUCUUAAAUAGCGACUGGGCAUGCCGAUUUUAUUCAUUUUUCGUUACAUCCCCUAUCUCAACCACCAUCACUAAUUUGAUCGUGAUCGGUGUUGAACGCUAUUUGACUAUCUACCGGCCUAAUAAAGUCCCAUAUAGGAAGACGUGCAAGAGACUUGUGAAAGUAGCGUGGUUGGCGGGCGUUAUCGUAGCCAUGACGUACCCAGGCUCUUCGGCCACCCUGCAAAAGUUCCAAGUUGACGAGUACCACCACACCUUUAUUUGUAGGUCUGAUAACGAAAACCUGAAGACAAAAGUGCUCGGUAUUGCCAUAUCAGUAAUACAGUAUAUCAUCCCCGCCGUAAGCCUGACAGUCAUGAGUGUCCGUGUCCUCAAGUUCCUACACUGCCGCCGCCAACAAGCCCACCCUCUCCAAGCCAACUCCACAUUCAGUGCCUCAAUGGGGUUCACUUUGUGGCAACUCAAAAACAGCUACAUGUUCGCUUCGCUGAUCCUGGCCUUUGUCAUUCCUUAUGGUGUCCCUGUUCUGUAUACUCUGGCCAGGGCAAUUAUUUCUGCAAGGGACUCAUACGAAGAGAUCUACCUUAGACGUAUUAUAUUCCUAUCUAUGUGUUGUGCCAACACCGUUAUCAACCCAAUAAUCUACCUCUACUGUAUAAGGGAGAUGAGACGGCGCACUAAGGAGAUACUUUCGAGGUGUUGUGGAUGUUUUUAUAACAUAGCAAACGACCACAUCACUGGAAUUGAGCUAGACAUUCUGCCGCGGCGCCAGAACUUAGAGCCGAGGUCACCUUGCGUUCUGAGAUUCUCCUAUCCUGAAAUUGACAGAAAAACGGAAGAUCGUGUGACAGCAAGAGCAAGGCCGCUGGUCGAAACAGAUGCCAUCAGCAUUCAUAUGGUAGGGGAGUGAUGCCAUCAUCUCCCAGAAAAUUUUUUUUAACCGGUCACAAAAGCUAUGUCUGGCGAGCUUACUUCUAUUUACGGCUCUGAAGAUUCGGGCUUCCUAUGAGAGGGGAUGUUAGGGUUUCCUAUGAGAGGGAAA